AUGCAAUUGGUUUUGAAUGGCACAGUGGGCACACUUCGCAUCGAAGUUUCAAGUUUGAGCAAGUCUUUGCAGGGACCUCUGCACAAGACCAAUGAGAUGCGGGUCAAGGACUGCAUGAAAUCUGUGGAAGUUGGGAAGGAGAGUGGUGAGGCAGCGGAGGUUCCCAGCGAGCAUCAUGAACUUGUGAAACUCUCUGACAAACCCACAGAACAAGAUGAUGCAUGGCUGCAGAAUCCCACAGAGAAUGCAGUUGUAAGCCUUGUCGUGUCGCAGUUGUCCAAGGCCUUGAGGAAGAACUUCCUGAUCCGAAUGAUGCAGAGGCUUGAGCUGCUUGAGCCUCCCGCAUUCUUCAUGCUGUGCUGUGUGUGGCUUUAUCUUGACCUUCGGCUCGUCAUUGACAGCGAUGGCAGUGAUGGCUUUACUUUGCCCAGAGGUGAUGAGAAAGAGGAGCUCCAGGGGCACUCAGACGAUGCCUCUGUCGCAGAAUUGUCACCUUCGAUCAUGAGACGAGAGGUGAGCAAAACUGUGCAACAUCAACUUGCCAUGGAGAUGGUCGCUAAGAAGUGGUUUGAUUUGGACACCCAUAAUGGCAAGGUGCUUCCGCAUCAUCGGUGGAGGAAGGCUAUCCUUGUGUUCUCUCUGCUCGGCGUGGCUGUGACGUUCAUGCUGUUGGCGGUGGUGAAGGCUGACAACGUGAUCAAGAGUGUUCUGCCUGGUUCUAGUCGAUCCACCGAACCGUCGGGUAGCGAGCUUCAGGAGCCAGAAAGAAAAGAAGUGGCGGAAAAAUCGGCAGAUUCCAAAGACUCUUUCAAAAGCUUGGCAAGCCUCGUGGAAGGCAGCCUUGGUCAAUGUGUUAUCAGAAAGCCAAAUAAGGAAGACAAGGACUCGGAUGCGGACAUGAUCUCUGGCAGAUUGCGGUCCCGGAUACAGGCUCUGCCAGUGAGUGCAGCAUCACAGGUGGAAAAGAUGCUACCUUCAGCUGGAGGUUAUGAUGUCAACUUUUCAAAGCCAAUGAGUAGCCGCUGGCUUUUGAGGCUUGAAGCCGUGAUCCAAGAGCCACAAGAUGGGGAAGCAUUGCUGUCACCGCUGACUCAACGAUCUUGUGUAUUGUACACAGCUCAUGCAUCACGAAAAGUCCAUGGAGGUAUGCCUUUGCCCGUUGCGUUUGCUUCGCAGCACAUGGAUUUCAUGGUCACGUUGUGCGGCACGGACAGCCGGGUGGACAUCCGCGUGGCCGGCUCCGAGGUGCAGAGCAGUCACCUUCGGAGUGGGAUUCAUUCACCAAUUUGA